AUGAAGCCGCUGCACGCGCACCACAUCAUGGGCUGGUUCACUGACCCGGCCAUGUACCCGCUGCUGCUGAUCGUUCCGUUGCCGUUCGCACUCGGGGCGUACUGCGGCUUCCAAUACUGCGUCAACAGCCCGGACGGGUCGGGCGCGUCGUUCUACGCGCAUGGCCACGACAUGGCGCGGUUGGAAUCCAACGCCAUCACCGACGUCAACGACGCGCCGCUUCCCGACAAGAACAAGUGACAACAUGUGCAUCCGU